UCUGAAGCUGGUACCGCACGUCAAAGCGACAAUCCAGGGGGAGGGGAGCGGAGCGCAGCCUCAGCCCAGCGCCUGCGAGAGCCGGGGAUGCACUGGUGCGCCCAGCCCUGCAUCCCGGAGCGACUGCCCGAGAGAUGCUGCUGUGACUUGGUUCUGCGCUGGGAAAAGAGCGGCUCCGAGCCCCCACCCCCGUCUCCUCCCGCCCUCCUCUUCCUUCCCCCUCCCCCGGGUCCUGCGGGGAGGCGGGUUUAAGGGCCAAGUGACUUCCCAAGAGCUUUCUCCCACUCUCCCGUUGAUGUGCCCUGUGUCUCCAUGUGCUGGGGAACUGUAAAAACAGGAUCCACUGGGAAUUUUUAGCACUUUAAGCUACAACAAUGGUGGCACAUGUGCUGUUCCAGUGGAUUCUAAGAGGGCUUAUUCUGACUUUUCUGCUCAAAACUACUCUGUCCCUAAAUCCAGAUGAUCCCAAUGUUUGUAGUCACUGGGAAAGCUAUGCCGUGACUGUGCAGGAAUCUUACGCUCACCCCUUUGACCAGAUCUACUACACACGAUGCACAGACAUCCUCAACUGGUUCAAGUGCACCAGGCACAGGAUCAGCUACAAGACCGCGUAUCGCAGGGGGCUGCGCACGAUGUACCGCCGGCGCUCGCAGUGCUGCCCCGGCUACUACGAGAGCAGCGACUACUGCAUCCCACUGUGCACAGAGGAGUGUGUGCAUGGAAGAUGUGUCUCUCCUGACACGUGUCACUGUGAACCAGGCUGGGGAGGGACUGAUUGCUCAAGCGAUUUGGCCACCUCUGAUGGGCUGGGGGAGUCCAGCACCUCUUCGGCAGAGACUGGUGGAAACAGCAACUACAACAGCUGUGACAGCGAGCACUGGGGGCCGCACUGCAGCAACCGCUGCCAGUGCCAGAACGAAGCGCUCUGCAACCCCAUCACGGGCGCCUGUGUGUGCGCCGACGGCUUCCGCGGCUGGCGCUGCGAGGAGCUCUGCGAGCCGGGCACCUACGGCAAGGGAUGCCACUUCCAGUGCCAAUGCCACCACGGCGCCACCUGCGACCACCAGACCGGCGAGUGCCACUGCGCGCCCGGAUACACCGGCGUGUUCUGUGAGGAGCUGUGUCCCCCCGGCAGCCACGGGGCGCAGUGUGAGCUGCGCUGCCCCUGCCAGAACGGCGGCGUUUGUCACCACGUCACCGGGGAGUGCUCCUGUCCUGCUGGAUGGAUGGGGCUGGUGUGUGCACAGCCUUGUCCUCCUGGAACCUUUGGAAUUAACUGCAGCCAGGACUGUCCAUGCCACAACGGAGGGCACUGUGACCCCGUGACAGGAAAAUGCCUGUGUACAGCUGGCUAUAUAGGAGACAGGUGCCAGGAGGAGUGUCCCAUCGGCACCUACGGCUUCCAGUGCGCGCAGACCUGCGCCUGCCAGAACGGCGCCAAGUGCUACCACGUCAACGGGGCCUGCAUCUGUGACCCUGGCUUCAAAGGCAUCCACUGCCAGGAAAGGAUGUGUCCUGAAGGCUUCUAUGGCCUCAAAUGCAACAAGAGAUGCCCCUGCAAUAUUACCAACACCCUCAGUUGCCAUCCUCUGUCUGGGGAGUGCAGCUGCAAGGCUGGCUGGGCUGGGCUCUACUGCAACGAGACGUGUCCCGUGGGCUACUACGGCGAGGGCUGCCAGGUGCCCUGUCCCUGCCACAACGGGGCCGACUGUGACAGCAUCACUGGCAGCUGCAUCUGUGCCCCAGGCUUCAUGGGAGAUGACUGCACCAUUCCCUGCGAGGCGGGCACCUACGGCACCAAUUGCUCGUCGGUUUGUAACUGCAAGAACGAUGGCACUUGUUCCCCUGUGGAUGGGCUGUGCUACUGCAAGGAAGGGUGGCAAGGAGUGGAUUGCUCUAUUCCCUGCUCGAGUGGAAGCUGGGGUCUGAACUGUAACCAGACGUGUUCCUGCAGCAAUGGAGCGUCCUGCAGGCCAGACGAUGGCUUCUGCCUCUGCUCCCCGGGAUGGCAGGGGGACUUCUGUGACCAGCCUUGUCCUGAUGGAACAUAUGGCCUUAAUUGCAGUGAGCGUUGUGACUGCAACCAUGCAGAUGGGUGUGAUCCUGUCACUGGGUACUGCUGCUGCCUUGCAGGCUGGACAGGCAUCCACUGUGACAACAUCUGCAGCCAGGGCCGCUGGGGACCCAACUGCUCCAUCUCCUGCAGCUGUGAGAACGGGGGAUCCUGCUCCCCUGAGGAUGGAACCUGUGACUGUGCACCGGGAUACAGAGGGCCCUUGUGCCAGAGAAUUUGCCCCCCCGGUUUUUACGGCCACCACUGCAGCCAGCCGUGUCCCCAGUGCGUGCACAGCAAUGGUCCCUGCCACCACGUGUCCGGGCACUGCGACUGCCUGCCGGGCUUCUCCGGGCCCCUCUGCAACCAAGUGUGUCCCAGUGGGAAGUUCGGGAAGGACUGUGCUGAGGUGUGUCAGUGCACCGAGAACGGGACCUGCAACCCCAUCGACGGCUCGUGCCAGUGCUUCCCAGGCUGGAUAGGCAUGGACUGCUCCCAGACUUGUCCCACUGGGUUUUGGGGCCCUGAUUGCUUUCAUUCAUGCAACUGCCACAACGGAGCACUGUGCAGCCCCUACGAUGGAGAAUGUAGAUGCACCCAUGGUUGGACGGGGCUCUACUGCACUCAGCGUUGCCCAGCUGCUUUUUAUGGGAAGAACUGUGCCAAUGUGUGCCAGUGCCAGAACGGAGCCGACUGUGACCACAUCACUGGGCAGUGCACGUGCAGGACGGGAUUUACAGGCAAACAGUGUGAGCAGAAGUGCUCUCCAGGAACAUUUGGUUAUGGUUGCAAACAAUUGUGUGAGUGCAUGAACAAUGCAACGUGUGACCACGUCACAGGCACUUGCUACUGCAGUCCAGGCUUCAAAGGAAUCCGAUGUGAUCAAGCGGCUCUUAUGAUGGAAGAAUUAAACCCCUAUACUAAAAUUAGCCCUGCUCUUGGAUCAGAGAGGCACUCAGUGGGAGCAAUCAUUGGAAUUAUUAUUCUCCUUCUAAUUAUUAUGGUCUUGCUGGCACUCUUUGUGUGGUAUCGACGGAAACAGAAGGAGAAGGGCCAUGACAUGCCAAGUGUAUCUUACACUCCAGCCAUGAGGAUGACUAAUACAGAUUACUCACUUUCUGAUAUAUCCCAGGGUAGCAGCAGUGUUCAUUGUUUUUCCAAUCCAAGCUACCACACUCUCUCGUGUGGGGUGACUUCACGCUUCUUUCCCAGUAAUCUGGAUGGAAACAGCUCCUGUAAGCUCAGUUACAAAAUCCUUGACAGAGAAACUGCAGACUGGAGACCCUACAGCUAUCUGAAUGAACUAGGUGCUUGUGGGAUGGAUAGACGUCAGAACACAUACAUAAUGGAAAAAAGCUUCAAAGAUUAUAUGAAAGAAUCUGUGUGCAGCUCCAGCACUUGUUCCCUGAACAGCAGUGAAAACCCAUACGCCACCAUUAAAGACCCCCCCAUUUUAACCUGCAAACACUCCGAGAGCAGCUACGUGGAAAUGAAAUCGCCUGGUCACAGGGAGUCCCCGUAUUCCGAAAUGCCAACUUCAUCAACAGCCAACAAAAACAUCUACGAAGUUGAGCCCACUGUCAGCAUAGUCCAAGACAGCCGCAGUCGGAGUGCCAGCUACCUUCAGAACCCCUACGACCUGCCUAGGAACAGUCACAUUCCCGGUCACUACGACCUGCUCCCCGUCCGGCACAGCCCCACGCACGGGCCUUCUUGGGACAAGCAGUCCUAGAGGGAUGGACUUCACUGGGCACUGUGCUGCCAACACAGACUGUGAGGGAGCAGAGGAGAAGCCAUUCCUUCCUUUCCUGUGGACUGGCAAGGACUUAACACGACAUCAGCUUGGGCCAACUGCUGCUGCAUGAUGUUAUUUAUAAAGACAUUUUUGUAUGGGUACCUGGAACUAACGAGAGCCUCCUCCACGUGGCACUGGAGCACAUCACUCCAGGAAGGUGACUUCAUGCUCCAGGCAAAAACUCUCUGUGGCGUGUUCUAACCCUGGCUUUGCUGUAAAAUAAACCACAAAAACAUACUAAGUAGAAGGACUUCAAGAUGUACAUUUCUACCAACUGCAUCAAGAAACCUUUUACUGUUAGGAACACAGUGACUAGGAAUACGCUGGAAUUUGUUUUCAUCUUUGUCAAGGGAAUGGACAUUUUUCUGAAUGAGAGCAGGGAAACUUGUCAUUUCACUGUCUGGAAAGCUCAUUUACUGCCAUCACCAUGUGCAACCUGUGCAGAUCAUGCUUGGUAAUUAGCAUUGAGAUUGUCAUCUCUAUAUUCAGUACCAGAGAAUUUGAGUUGAGGAAGAUGAACACAGACACUUUCUGUGCAGUUUUUAAUAUCUUUCCAAACAUCCCCUGAUCUUUGCUAAUGAAUGGAGUUUCCACAAUGAGUCUCACACCCACUUACCACAUUUUUAACGUUGAUUGGCACAGGUAGGCUUUGAUUUUCCUUAUGCAGCUUCUGUUUUGGUAGCUAAAUCCAGCAGAUCUGUCAAGCAGUUUAAACUGCUGCCCCUCCAAUUCCUGCCCCGGGACGCUGCAGGUUUGCACAGACCAGGCCUGGUUUCAUUUCCUUUCUCAAAGCUGAGCCACAUCAGCUUCUCUCUCCCAUCUUCCCAAACCAUCUCCUCAUGAUUCACUGUCAGCAUGCCACUGAUGACACCUCAAUCUGAUGUGCAUUACCAUGUAGUGCAACUUUAUCCAUUGAUGAUUCUACCUGAAAUGUCAUUAAAUGGAGCUGAAACUGGGUUUUCUUUUUCAGCAGCUGUUUGUGAAGUAAUUAUCAAGGGUCUGACCUAUGGUAAAAUUUUGGACUGAGCCACCAUGAUAUUUUUUUUAAUUUAUAAUCUCUAUUGACCUAGAAAGUAGAGCACUUGCCGUUAGUUCCUUGUAAAUUUUGAGCAUGAAGUAGUAUUGACUCUAAGUAAGUAAUUUUAUUAGGCAAACGUGGAAGUAGCAAGUUGAUUGCCUUUUAAAUAUAGCAGAUAUUCUGUUGCACAUUCGCCAGUCUGAUGGAAGCAGAAGAGGACGACACCAGCCCCGUGGGUUUGCUCACAGCACGAUGCCAGGAGUGACCUGCAGGGCUCAGUACUUGCAAGAGGAGCCCUCCAGCUCGGGGGCAGCAGCUGGAUCCCAGCUCUGGGAACACUCCUGGAGCACCGUGGUGGGACCCAGCCAUGUCCCCACAGAUGGGCUCAGCCCUCAGGCCUGGGGUCACAGCCCCUGGCUCUGGGCAUUCUGCCCCAGGAGCUUUUCCCCUUGGAGCCAGGACUCUCCAGGUGGUCAGGAGAACCCCAGUCUGAACCUGGACACCCCCAGGACACCCCCAGGCUCCCGGAGCAGGAUCCUGCCCACGAGGUUUCCCGAAUGCUGCAUGUGUGCAUGGGGGCCGUGGCUGAUCAGCAAUAGCAGUUUUGUUUUCCAGGAAAGCCUUAUUUGAGAUGCAAGGAAACAAUUAUUUUGUAGGCCCAGUAGGAAUAUAUUUUGCAUACAUGAAUAGAAAGGUUUACCUCAAAAAUACCAAGAGAAAGGCAGUUGGAUAAGGAAUACUCUCAUUAAGACCCACCUUGGCACCCAGCACAAGCAGCCUGAGCUGCUGGCCUGACCCACGUCUGUGUGUUGCUGUAGUAUGCAAUGGGACUCCAGAGAGCAGAGAUGUGCUCAGUUGUUUGGUUUGGUUUUUUUCACAGCAGGAUUUUGAAACCAAAUGCAAUGAUGUGCAUAGAGCUUAACAGAAAAAAAAAAAAAAAAAAAAAAGCAAAACCAACAAAAAAAGUACCUUCUUGUAUAUCAGCAUUAGCUUAGGAAACAGGCACCAAAAUGGCAAUACUUUUUUAAGGCAAGACAGAUUUGUAAUAUAUUUGUUCACUGUGCAAAGGUAUCCUACCUUGUACAAAAUAAAUUGAAUUUCUCUCAA